AUGUCUACCGUUGCCGGACAGAGUGGCUCUGCCCACCCGUUCACAUGCAACACCUGUCAGGUUGCCUUCCGUUCCGGCGAUCUCCAACGCACACACAUGCAGUCCGACUGGCAUCGCUAUAACCUCAAACGCCGUGUCGCCUCCCUCCCGCCACUCACAUCUGAAAUCUUUGCCGAGAAAGUACUCGCCAACAAAGCUACUGCUGCUGCCACCGCUGCCCGAGCUAGCUUCGAGAAGCGAUGCGAGCCAUGCGACAAAUCAUACUACAGCGAGGGUGCCUACGUCAACCAUUUGGGCAGUCAAAAGCACAAGCUGUUGGUAGCACGCUUCAGGGGCAUUGAGGGUGGAGAUACCGACAGCAUGGCUGAUUCGACAUUCACUCUCGGCGAGACUCUCGAGACUGCGAGUACUGUGACCGUUGGCGACGUGGCUGUCGAGCAGGAGUUUGAAGAGGUUGUGGAUGCCGUGAAKAACACUAAAAUUGGCGAGCCCGUCGAUCCCGUCGCUCGCCCCAACCAUCCGACUCCUACCGCCGCCGCAGAGCGUGGCGAACCGUCGAAAACGCGGGAUGGGGAGUCAUCCGACGAGGAGGACGAUGAGGAUGAGGACGAGGAAGACUACGACCACAAAGCGGAUGUCAACCAAUGCCUCUUCUGUAACUACGUCUCGCCCACUCUGGACCUCAAUGUUAAUCACAUGUCGAAACAGCAUGGCUGCUUUAUUCCCGAGACCGACUACCUGGUGGACCYCCCCGGCCUCAUCAAUUACCUCAGCGAGACGGUCGUUGUCCUCCACCAAUGCUUGUACUGCCACAAGCAGAUGCACACUGAUACUGGUGUGCAAACGCAUAUGCGUGAUCGGGGACACUGUAUGAUUGCCUAUAGCACCGAGGAUGAGCAGAUGGACAUCGGCGAAUUCUACGACUUCCGAUCCACCUAUUCCGAUGACGAAUCAGAGGAUGGAGACGAGGAGCCUUCUGGCGGCGUCAGCCUGGGUGUGAAGAGGGAAGCCAAGACUACCAUCAAGAAUGAGGACGGCGAGGAUGUCGACAUGGACGAAGAUGAGGAUGGAUGGGAGAGUGACGCCAGCUCUCUCUCGUCUGUUCCUACCGAGGAGAUCACAUCCGUACCGAUUGACCGCGAUCACAAGUACAAGACUCUCAACCAGCACAAACAUCAUUCACACGCCGACCCACGACCACAUAAGAAUAACGACGGAUAUCACGCACACGCCCACCAAGGCUCUCGUGCAGUCUAUCAUGAUGACUACGAGCUACACCUACCAACCGGACGUACAGCUGGGCACCGUAGCUUGCGCCAGUACUACCGUCAGAACCUGCGAAACUACCCAUCAGCUGAAGAGCGAGCCCAACAGGCACGCAUCGACAGUGGCAGACACGUGUCGGAUGAUGAGGAGGAAGAAGAGGAUCGCGAUCGACGUGGCCGCCAGGUGGUCAGUCGUGCGGACGGCGGCAUGGGCAUGCUUGGCGUCAGUGAAGCGAAGAAGCGGGAAGUGCGCGCGUUGGAGAAGCGCCUUCAGAAGCAGCAGCGCAAAGCGGAAGCCGAUUAUCAGUGGGGCAACAACCGGAGGGGAAAUUUCCAGAAGCACUUCCGGGACCAUCUCCUCCAGUAG